GCGCACAGGUGGGCAGUGGGGCUUCGACGCAGCCUGUGGAUUGGGGGCCGGCGGCGCCUGCCCCGUCUAGGGCUCUGUGGAGCAGGCGGGCAUUGCUUCGCGAGAACUAGUGUGGACAGAAACCAACUUCACCGGCAGAACUGGAAACCGGAGACGCGAUAGCCGUAACCAGGCAACCGCCGGCGGCUCGAGGUGCGCACGCGCACUCCGCCGCGGGUCAGCGCAUGCGCCGUCGCCUCCCGCCAGUCUACCAGCCUUCGAGUCCAACGACCGAAUGGGAAGAACGCGCCUGCGCCAGAGCACCGCUCGGGUUCUCCGCUCAGCAGAAAGCAGUUCUCGGCAGGUGCACCUGCUGGCAUCAGUCGUCCAGGACUGAUUCUUCCUUCGAGUCUGACUGAAGAAUCCCUACUAUUCACACAUCCUACAACGAGAAACGGCUGCGAGACAGACUCAGCGUAACCGGGGCGACGUUUAGGAGCGGCCCCCCGCGCGCCCUCCCAGGCAGUUCAAAUUAAGGAUAACCUACAUCCUGCUUCUCUCUGAAAGUGGCAUCUGAUCGUGCAGGAGCUCCGCCAUGCAGCCGCCGCCGCAGGCGGUCCCUCCAGCUGGUGGGGCCCCUCCCGCGGGGAGCCCUCCAAGCAUGUUCUGGUCCGGCAGUUCAUACAGGAGACAGGCGGCGGCGAGUGCACCGGGGGCUGCGGUAACUGGCCCCCUGCAGCCUGUAACGGACCCAUUUGCUUUCAGUAGACAGGCGCUUCAGAGCACCUCGCUGGGCAGUUCGUCCAAAAGCAGCCCUCCCGUGCUGCUGGGCUCGGCCCCACCAGCGUUUCUUCAGCACCCGGGACUGCCUGUGCCUCACACGAAUGCUGGGGACAGCUCCCAAGGAUUCCACGCGCCUCUGCCGAGACCUCUGUCGCAGCCCCGGCCAGCGGCAAGCCCGUUUUCCAGUGUGUUGACCCCUUCGGCACCUGCUGGGCCUGAGCUGAACAGGAGCGCCCAGGCCACUUCCAGCUCUGAACACGAAACCCAGGCUCAGUACAUUCCAGGAGGGGGUUCCAGCACUUCUCAUGGCGGCCCCCCACAUGGGCACCUGCCUGGGCCUGACAGGCCCCCGAGUGGACAGAACCCUCACGAUGGCGCUGCAGCACCCACCGCAUCCCCUUUCUUCCCGCAGCUGCGUCCGCAGAUGCCAGGGCAGAUGCCAGGGCAGUGGGGGCCGGCCCAGGGCGGCCCGCAGCCCUCUGGGCAUUAUUGGCCCCGCCCAGAAGGCCCUGUUGCCAAUGCUACACCGCAGGCCUCCAGCGUCUCCCGCAUCCCCGCUCUGUCCAGCCCGCCUCAGGGGCCUGCCCACGAGCAGCACCAGCCUCCCGCCCCAGGACCUUCGGUCGACGGGAAAGACGGGGCAGCCUCCCUGCAAAGUGGAAACCACUCAGCGAGUCCCUUUGAUCUCGAGAACACGUUCAGGCAGAGCGUCCGAGGGGGGAGCGCCGGGGUCGGCCAGGAGGUCAGGCCGAGUCCCGCAGUUAGUCAAGGGCAGGGGCCAAACCCUGCUCUCGGGAACCCCUCUGCUCAGGGCAGCAGCCUGGAAAGCCAUUCGCAUUGCCCUCUGGGGGCCGCCAGCCACGCCCUGCCAGAAGCAGACUCGGGCACGCUCUCCCUGUUCUUCCGAGGCGGAGAGAUGGAGAAUGAGGAGACCAUUUCCUCUGAAAACACAGGCUCCGCGGCUCAGUCUUACUUUGACGGUUUCUCCCCCAGCCCUGUUCUGGGCCCUCCUCCGGCACACGCGGGCGCAGGCGGCGUCUACCAGGCCUUUCUCAGAGCCUCCCGCAGCGAGACCGCACAGCAGGGAGGAGACACGCAACCUUACUUUCCUCAGCCUGCAGGCACCCAGCUCCAUCAACCGGCCGCUGAGAAUGCUGCUGCUGACGUGUGGGGUGACACGGCAGGCGCAGGGACUCAUGACUCUGGCGGCUCACACUGUGAGAAUGUGGAGAACUUGGAGUUCACUCAGAACCAGGAGGUUCUGCCCAGUGAGCCCCCAAAUUUGGAUGCCUCCUCCCCAGGCGAUCACCCCAGAUAUGCACCUCUUCCCGGGCCCCCGGGCCCCAGGCUCAGUGUCACAGGCCACGCGGCAGGCGGGGGCUCAAACCUCGAGGCCCUGGACGCGCCGCUGCACCCCGUGCGGUCUGAUAGCGUGUCGUCUAGUUACAGCAGCAAGAGCCACAGGAGUGCGUCCAGCACAGCCAGGCCCCAGGACCUGGGCACCUUCAUCCAGCAGGAAGUCGGCAAGCCCGAGGAGGAGGCUCCCGGGAGCUUCUUUAAGCAAAUCGACUCUUCUCCUGUGGGAGGCGAGACGGAUGUGACCACCAUGAGCCAGAAUUACCACCACAGCCUGUCCCAGCCCUUGACCCCCAGCCCCCCCAAACCUACAGGGGUCUUUCAGACGAGUGCAAAUAGUUCUUUUGAACCAGUGAGAUCCCACUUAGUUGGAGUCAAACCAAUUGAGGCAGAUCGUGCCAACGUGGUGGGUGAGGUGAGGGGGAGCCAUGCCCACCAGAAGCACAGACCAGCCGCUGCACCGCCCGACGCCUGCCCUGGCAACCUGGAGCAGCCACCAGACAACAUGGAGACCCUCCUGCCACCUCAGGUCUGCCCUCUGCCUCUUCCCUCACCCGCAGAAGCCAGUCACCGGCUCCCGCACCCUGGAGGGCCGCCCAUGGAGACUGUGCCUGUGACACCGGAGAAGAGGCCCUCGACCCGGGCCCAGGGAGCCAUGAAGUGUGAGAGCCCAGCAACGACUCUGUGGGCGCAGAAUGAGCUGCCAGACUUUGGGGGCAACGUCCUGCUGGCCCCUGCCGCUCCUGCACUUCCCGUGCCGGGGAAACCUCAGCCGUCCCAAGUGGUUCAACCUCCAGACCAGGGGGUGUCCCCUCUGCCAGGCGGGGAGGGCAUUGGUGCUUCUGAGAACCUCGAGAACCCUCCCAAGAUGGGGGAAGAGGAGGCCCUUCUGUCACAGGCAAGUUCUGGUUAUGCCAGUCUGUUGUCCUCACCGCCCACUGAAUCUUUGCACAGCCAACCAGUCUUGAUCGCUCAGCCCGAUCAGAGCGCUCACCUGGCUCAGCCCCUUCAUUUUCCCGUGUCCUUGUCCCACCCCACGGAGAAGACUCCGUCCUGGAGAGAUGCUCGGGUUGGGGACAGAUCUGCCGGGAGCAGCCGGGCCGCGGGGGCUGAUGCUGGAGAAGCCGCGCCUCUGCCUGGUGUUCCAGCCAGCGCUCUCACCUGCUCGCCUCUGUCUCACUGCCUUGCCCAGAGUAACUUCCCACACGUUUCUGCUCUUUCUGAAACGGUUUCCACUCCACCUGCUAAUUUGCUGGUUCAGCCACCGUCUCAUCCAGCUCCAAAGAACUUGCUUCCAGGUCAGAAGAGUCCCAGUGCCGAGAGCGCGCUGCCGGAGUUGGUUAGUAGCCCUGCCGGGAGCACAGGCCUCCUGCUGGUGGCGCCCGCAAGCGACGCCUUGGGGCCUCACAGUAAUAAUGCAGACCCCCCCAGGAAUCGGGAAGAGACUUGGGGAGCCCUAGACUUCACGCUGAAUGGGACCGUGGAGAAGCUUGUGAGAAUGGAUAGCCUGUCCCAUGCCGAUGGCCCCGCUGCUGCUCAGCACCCCACCCCCAGUCAUCCCAGCCAGCCUGGGCCUGGGGCACGUAACCCAGACCAUUUCUACCAACAGGUGACAAAAGGUGCUCCCAACCAGCGUGGCCCCGAGAGAGCCCAGCAGGAGCCAGCUCCUCCCCCACCAGGGCCCACAGCAGCGCCUUUUGAACCCUCAAACCCAGAAAGUCCACCAGCACCAGGGCAGCCCCAGAACUCGGCCCAGCCACCUGCAAGUACGGCUCCCGCUGACCUGGGUCAGCAGCCGCCACCUCGGCCCCCUCAGUCCUCCAGCGCAUCGGCCGUGUCCAGCAGCUCGAGCCAGGCAGCCGUGCCGCCGGGCCAGCAGUGGAUGCCGCCGCAGCCCCUGGACUUGGCGUCCUACUACUAUUACAGACCCCCGUACGACGGCUACCCGGCCCAGUACCCCUCUCCAUAUCCACCAGACCCGGGCACAGCCCCGCUCUACCAGGAUGUCUACGGCCUAUACGAUCCCAGGUACAGGCCCUACGAUGGCGCAGCGUCCACCUACGCUGAGAACUACCGCUACCCCGAGCCAGAGCGGCCCAGCUCCCGGGCAAGCCACUGCUCAGACCGGCCGUCUGCCAGGCAGGGGCCUCCUGAGGGCUACUACAGUUCCAAGCGUGGAUGGAGCAGCCAGAGCGAUUACGCCAACUACUACUGCGGCCAGUACGACUACGGAGAUCCGGGCCGCUGGGAUCGGUACUCCUAUGGGUCUGGGUUCAGGGAUCCCCGCCCCUAUGACCGCAGGUAUUGGUAUGACGCGGAAUACGAGCCGUACAGGAAAGACAGCUACGCCUAUGCUGACAGGCCCGAGAGGUACGACGACCCCUGGAGGUACGACCCUCGCUUCACAGGGAGUUUUGACGACGACCCUGAGCCCCACAGGGACCCCUACGGGGACGACGUGGACCGGCGCAGCGUGCACAGCGAGCACUCGGGGCAGAGCCUGCGCAGCGCGCCCAGCGUGCACAGCCGCCACAGCAGCUUCAGCGCCCACUCGCAGCAGAGUCAGGUUUACAGAAGCUGCAAUGUGGCCGUGGGGCCCUAUGAGGCGCCGCCGCCGCCAGGCUCCUUCCACGGGGACUAUGCCUACGACGCCUACAUGAGCAAUUUCAGCAGCGCCCAGGGCUUCCCAGAGUACGGCUACCCUGCCGACGCCGGCUGGCCCGCCGUGGAGCAAGCUCCGUCGAGACCCACUUCCCCGGAGAAGUUCUCCGUGCCUCAUGUCUGUGCCCGGUUUGGUCCUGGGGGUCAGCUCAUCCGCGUGAUCCCCAACCUGCCCUCGGAGGGACAGCCGGCCUUGGUGGAAGUGCACAGCAUGGAGACGCUGCUACAGCACCUGCCGGAGCAGGAGGAGAUGCGUGCCUUCCCGGGACCGCUGGGCAAAGACGACACCCACAAGGUGGACGUUAUUAACUUUGCGCAGAGCAAAGCCACCCAGUGUUUGCAGAAUGAGAGCUUAAUUGACAAAGAGUCCGCAAAUCUCCUCUGGAACUUUAUCAUCCUGUUGUGCAGACAGAACGGGACCGUGGUGGGCACAGACAUUGCCGAGCUGUUGUUACAAGACCACAGGACGGUGUGGCUUCCUGGGAAGUCACCCAACGAGGCCAACCUGAUCGACUUCACCAACGAGGCCGUGGGUCAGGCUGAGGAGGAGGAGGAGUCGGUGGAGGCCCAGCUCUCCUUCCUCACCGACAGCCAGGCCGCCACCAGCUCUCUGGAGAAGGAGACGGAGCGGUUCCGGGAGCUGCUGCUCUAUGGCCGCAAGAAGGCGAGUUCCGAGGCCGCGAUGAAGAACGGCCUGUGGGGUCACGCUCUGCUGCUCGCCAGCAAGAUGGACAGCCGGACACACGCCAGAGUCAUGACCAGAUUCGCCAACAGUCUUCCCAUCAACGACCCUCUGCAGACCGUCUACCAGCUGAUGUCCGGGCGGAUGCCUGCCGCGUCCACGUGCUGCGGCGAUGAGAAGUGGGGAGACUGGAGGCCGCACCUCGCCAUGGUUCUGUCCAACUUGAACAACAACAUGGAUGUGGAGUCCAGGACGAUGGCCACGAUGGGCGACACGCUAGCCUCGAAAGGCCUCUUGGACGCCGCGCACUUCUGCUACCUCAUGGCCGAAGUUGGAUUUGGGGUUUAUACCAAGAAAACCACAAAACUCGUCUUAAUUGGAUCGAACCACAGUUUGCCAUUUUCAAAGUUUGCGACCAAUGAAGCCAUCCAGAGGACAGAGGCCUAUGAGUAUGCGCAGUCGCUAGGCACGCAGUCCAGCCCCAUGCCCAACUUCCAGGUGUUCAAGUUCAUCUACUCCUGCCGCCUGGCCGACAUGGGGCUGGCCACGCAGGCCUUCCACUACUGCGAGGUCAUCGCCAAGGGCAUCCUGCUGCAGCCGCACAGGCACUCCCCCGUGCUCAUCAGCCAGCUGGUCCAGGUCGCUUCCCAGUUACGCCUCUUCGACCCGCAGCUGAGAGAGAGGCCGGAGGAGGAGUCCUUUGUGGAGCCUGCCUGGCUGGUGCAGCUGCAGCGUGUGGAGAGGCAGGUCAAGGAGGGCGCUGUGGUGUGGCGUCAGGACCCGGCCUUCCCCCAGCGCUGUGCCAGCACCCCCAGCUCCGAGGUGGGACAGUACGAUGGGCCAGGACCCGAGCAGCCCUCGCACCCGGGCACCGAGAACCCGCUGCUGGCGCCACCUGCGCCCAGCCCCGAGCGCUCUGGCCAGGGCGUGUGGCUGCUGCCGUCAGGUGAGCCUGCGCGGGGGAAGGCCCUCGCCCCUUUCUCUCCAGACGGCAGCUUCCUGACGAGGAGAACCCAGGGGCGCUUGUUCCUCCUCCCCCCUCCUCCUCCUCCUAACGCCCACGGCUCCCUGACCAGUCUUGACGCUUGGGGCACGUGGAGCCCGUUUCUCCCGGCCCAGAGCCCGCCUUCCGGUCCCGUGAUGCCCCUUGAUGAGCCGCUUGUUCUGUGGGCUGGCUCUCAGGUUGGCCCGGGCGCCAGGGCUGCCCUCCCGUCCCGCCUCCUUCCCUCUCCUCUCCUCGCUCUCGCUCUCCGGCCUCUCAGGGAUGUUCUGGGGCUCCUGGGCGGUGCCCCAGGUGAACCGGUUCCCGCAUUGCUUGGACAGGGCUCCCCGAGGAUGCCGCAGGACUCCGAGGCCCCCCCAGCGUGGGGGGGUGCCAGCCUGGGGGCCCUGCAGCCUCCGUCUCGGACGCCCGCUCCCGCAGGGAAGAGCCCGGUGCCAGCAGCCAAGAAAGAGCCCAAGGAGCCUAAGAAGAAUGCCGAGUCCUGGUUCUCGCGCUGGCUGUCUGGGAAGAAGAGGACGGAAGCGUACUUGCCAGACGACAAGAACAAGUCGAUCGUCUGGGACGAGAAGAAGAACCGAUGGGUGGACACCAAUGAGCCGGAGGAGGAGAAGAAGGCUCCGCCCCCACCCCCAGUGUCGCUCCCCAAGGCUCCGCAAGCUGCCGCCCCUGGGCCUGGCGGGCCCCCCAGAGCCUCUGUGAACAUGUUUUCUAGAAAAGCAGCCGGGAGCCGAGCGCGCUAUGUGGACAUCCUCAACCCGGGCGGGUCCCAGCGCACCGACCCGGCGCUUGCCCCCGCGGACCUCUUUGCUCCACUUGCCCCGCUCCCGAUCCCGGCGCAGCUGUUUGAACCAAACCCAGACGCAGAGGGAGCCCCACCUGCAGAAGGGUCUGGCAGGGAAGGGCAGGCGCCAGCUGGGGGUCCAGCCCUUCCAGAACCUUCCUCGGAACCGCAGGUUGUGAGCCCGGCAAACUCGCUCCCUGCUUCUGCACUGGCCCCCUGCCCAGUGGACGGUCCCCAGGGGGGAGAGCUUUCGCGCUGUAGCUCAAUGAGCUCACUGUCCCGUGAAGUGAGCCAGCACUUCCACCAGGCUUCCAGUGACCACCCCCCGGCAGAGGCGCCCCCCGGGGCAUCCGUGACCUUCUACAACCCUGCGCAGUUCGCACAGGCCUCGGCCACCUCGGGAAGCGCCAGGCCUGGGAGGAUUGGCCAGAGGAAGUACCCAGUGCUGAGGUAGAUGCCCUGCUCCGUCAGCACUGGGACCUGAGCUUGCUCUCCACCGACACUCGGCUGACCGCCCGGCCUCCCUCCUGUGCCCGAUGGACACGCAGUAGAGCCACGUGCUCGCACCUUGUGAGGAAGAGCUGCCAGGUGCCCCACAGCUCCCAGAUGCGAGGACAGGAGGGACCUUCGGCUCCCCUUCUACCUAAGAAUGAGUUCAGGAUAAGCCUUUGUAGUCACGUAGGAAUGUCAUGCUGAGCGCAGCCCGACGCCCUUUGCUGCUGGGGAGCUGAGCUGCAGGGACUCGGGCGUCUCAGGCUGAUGGCGAGUGGCUGCCAGGUUCGUCCCGGUUCCUCUAAGACGCUGGAGGGAAGAGCAGGCCUGACUGAGCGACCCCAACGCGGCGUCCGCAGCCCUGACAGCAGUCGCCGGCGGGUGUGUUCACCAGCCUCUGAGGGAAGGCGGCCUAGCAGCCCAGCCUCAGGCAGAGACGCCGUGGUCAGCGUGGUGCGCUCCUCCCGCAGCACCGGCGUGUCUGCGGCCCAGCAGGACCACGCGGGUCCCUGCCGCCAGGGGCCUGGCUCUGUCCGCCCGCGAGGGAGGAAGCCACGGCACAGCCUGGGUUCCGGGUGCCUGGUCCUCGCCGACCAGCCGGUGUGGAAGCCGUGACUGGACUCCCUGUUGGGCUCAGCGAGGCCUGGCUGGGCUCCGGCCAGCUCUGCGCCAUCCAGCGACGUGCCCUCACCUGGCUGGCACUGUUGGCGACAUCUUGACGAAAGUGGCUUAAAAUACCUUCUUGACAGAAGCUCCUGAGGCUGAUCUCUGCCCUGGUUUCCCCACACGGAGCCGGCAGGGCUGACCUGCUGCUCGCCGUGCGAACCUGCCAGGGCUCCUCCCCCCGGACUCCCUCCAGCUCUACCUUCACGGCGGUUCUCAGAACCACUCACCUUCUUGUUAAGCCUGCAGGGCUGGGGACAGGUGGAGAUAUUUAUAAAAUCACUAGGAACUAAUUCUGUAGUUCGCCUGGUAUUUUAAAUCUCAGCGGAGGGUCAUGGGAAUGUGGCCUCGGCACAGGUCCUCCGCUUUCCGGGUCACGUGACCGUCUGGGGCGCCCGCAGGUGUGAUGGGACCCAUGUUCUUUCGCUGGGAAAGGCCCGGCCCCGCUAGGGUCCCGGGGUCCCUGUCCAGGGGGUGGGGUUCCUGGGGCCUGAGACCUGCUGCCCUCGGCUUCUCCAGCCCCUUGUUCUGUUAGUGACUUGAUUCAAAAAGCUUCCCCGGAGGGGCUAUUUUUCCUAAAUGCAAAUUGUUACACUGCAAAUUGUUAAAUAAAGUAUUUUGCGCUCGGCGCGCACCUGCUUG